UGUAAAGUGUCUUUUUGUUGCAAAUUUCCAUCAAUAACUAAAUGAUUAUUACUAAUGGAUAUUGAUAUUCUACAUAUUUUACAUUUUAAUGAUGUAUAUAAUGUUGAAGAACAAAAACAAGAACCAGUUGCUGGUGCAGCAAGAUUUACAACAGCAUUAAAACAACAUGGAGCUGGUCAAGAUAGUAUUGUUUUAUUCUCAGGUGAUUGUUUAAGUCCAUCAUAUAUAAGUAAUGCAACUCAUGGUCGACAUAUUCCAUCAAUUAUGAAUAAAAUGUUUAUUAAUUGUUCAUUAUUUGGUAAUCAUGAAUUUGAUUAUGGUAUGGAUAUUUUUCAAGAAUGUAUAAAUCAAUGUAAUUUUCCAUGGAUUAAUAGUAAUGUCUAUGAUAAAGAAUCAAAUGAACUACUCGGUACCCAGUUACCAUAUCAAAUUAUGAUACAUAAUGAUUUGAAAAUUGGAAUCAUUGGUUUAAUUGAAAAAGAAUGGAUUGAAGUUAUACCUUGUUUUACUUUAUCAAAUAUUAAUGUUAAAGAUAUGAUUGAAACUGGUCGACAAUUAGGACAAUAUUUAAAAAUACAACAAAAAUGUCAUCUUGUCAUAGCAUUAACUCAUAUGAGAUGGCCAAAUGAUCGUUUAUUAGCUAAAAAUGUUCCAGAGAUUGAUUUGAUUCUUGGGGGUCAUGAUCAUGAAUAUCAAUAUGAAUGGAUUAAAUUAGAUGAAAAUUUAUUGUUGGAUAGAAAUAAAAUAAGUAUUCAACGGUUAGUUAUUAAAAGUGGUAGUGAUUAUCAGACGUUUUCACAUUUACGUGUAAAAUAUGAUAAAGAGAAUUGUAAACUAUUGGAUAUUGAUAUUGAACAAGUGUUAGUGGAUAGUCAUUGGGAACCAGAUAAUGAAGUUCAAAAACUCGUUAUUAAAUCUACUAAAAAAUUAGAAAAGAAACUGGAUACACCAUUAGGACUUAUUGAAGUUGACUUCGAUGUUAGAUCCAAUUCAAUACGUUUAAAAGAAUCAAAUAUUGGCAAUUUCAUUUGUGAUAUAGUAUUAACAGCUGUAGAAGCCAACUGUGUAUUAAUUAAUGCUGGUACCUUAAGAGGUGAUCGAAUUUUUAAGGCUGGAUUAUUCACUUUACGUGAUUUAACUACUAUACUACCAUAUUUAGAUAAAUUAUCAGUUAUUGAAAUAACUGGUAGUCAAUUAAUAGAAGUAUUAGAAAAUUCAUUAUCAGAAUAUCCAAAAGCUGAAGGACGUUUUCCAAUGAUUGGUGGUAUGCGCUUUGUAUUUAAUCCAUUAAAACCAGUUGGUACAAGAGUUAUUGUUGAAGAAUCUACAAUACAAAAUGAACCAAUCAAUAUGAAACAAAAAUAUCGUUUAUGUACAACCAAAUAUUUACAUGCUGGAAACGAUGGUUAUCGAAUAUUUCCUGAAUGUCCAUUAUUGUUAGAUGAUGAAAAAUGUCCAAUUCUACUAAUAUUAGUACAAAAUUAUUUUAGAACUGUACAAGUACUCAAAGGAUUUAAACAAUCACGUACAUGUCAUCGUCAAUGUUUAAUUCCUUUCAUGGAAAGGCAAAAAUUAAUGCAACAAUCAAAUAGUAAUAAUUGUAAUCAACAUUUAUUGGACAAUUCCAAUGUAAAAGAUACUACAUCCCGAUGGAUUACAGCACGAUGUGCUCUGAUAGAACAACGUGAAAAAUUAAUUGCAUAUCAAAUAGCCCCUCAAGUCGAUGGACGCAUUAAAAUGAUUACAGCAUAA